UGGAGGACAGCUGCACUCGCAAGAGCAAAAAGGAAAAACUGCACAAUGCAAGAACCGCACAAAACCUCCCAACCUCGAAGCAGCAAAUAAUUCACUUUCCGAACCGAACCCGAGCCGGACCAUGGCCUGAAGACCACCGUGGAAAAUACGUGCCAAAGUGUCGGACUCUGCUGCCGCUGCCUGGAAGUUUUUUGCUUGUUUUCCCGUUGGGGGGGCCGACGGUGGCGGCGGCGGAGGCUCCUCUCCCCCCGGAGCGGUGUCCCGGUCUACCGAGCCCCAUGCAAAAUCUAACGGCCCUUGCUGGUUCCGACAAGUCCAAUGUCACCUGCUCCUGCAACUGUACCUCUUCCCAGCCUCAGGGAAUGGACAUAUCUGAAGUGGAGUUUGUUCAGAUUGUGGUGAUCAUCGUGGUAAUGACGGUGAUGGUGGUCGUCAUCGUCUGCCUCCUCAACCACUACAAGCUCUCCACCUUCAUCAGCAGGCAGAGUCAGGCCACCCGGCACCACCACGCCCUGCAGCAGGACGGAUGUCUGUGGCCUUCAGACAGCGGCUGUGGACAAGGAGCCUCCGAGGCCAGAGAUCGCUUCACCGCUCCUGCCUUCAGGCACCGAGACCGCUUCAGCCGCUUCCAGCCCACCUACCCAUACCUGCAGCACCAGAUCGACCUGCCACCCACCAUUUCGCUGUCGGACGGCGAGGAGCCCCCGCCGUACCAGGGUCCCUGCACCUUGCAGCUUCGAGACCCCGAGCAGCAGAUGGAACUCAACCGAGAAUCGGUCAGGGCUCCGCCGAACCGGACCAUUUACCACAGCGACUUGAUCGACAUCGGGGGUGGCGGGAGCUCGGGAGGCGGGGGUGGUCCGAGGCCACCGAGCAGUAACUCCGGCAUUAGUGUAGCCAACUCCAGCAGCCACGGGCGCACGGAGGGGCCCCCGCCCGCAUACAGCGAGGUGAUUAGCCAAUACCCCGGCUCAACCUUCUUUCUACACCAGCACAGCAAUAACCUGAGAAUGGGGGGCACCGGGGGGCCUGAGAGCAGGCCGAUCCGGCAGCAGAAACAGUCCCAAAGCACAAUUGUACCUGCCAAGACGAAGGGCGGCCAACCCAAGGAUCUGGUGUGAGGAAAAGAUCAAGUGGGACCACCCAAAGAACUCCUGUCCUUGGUCUCUCUCGUCCCUUGCCCCCCCGUGCACAAAUUAGCAACAACAAAGCAAGGAAAUUCAGUUUCUGAUGUCCUGCAGGAUGACGCCCUGCCUGAAGUGCGUGAAGAUUGGGUCCUCAUUGGGGGAGACAUUGGACGGAUGAUGAUCUGGUGAUCUACUCUUUUUGGGACUGAGUCUGUGCACAAAGCCAGGACCUCAAAGACACCCUGACAACAAAACAAGUGACUGGCAAACACGCUCGCUGCCAUGGGAAGAGGAAGCUAGAAGAAGUUAUCUCAAAGUUGCACUAUUACUACUUUUUAUCGUACAAGAAAACAAGGGAACUCUUUCAUUCACUUUUCUGCUCGGCCAAUGAGAGCAAAGAACGAGUAUUAUAAGCUGAAGUCUUUGGAACGGUGACGAAAUACUCGCACCCAGUCUACGAUGCCACGGUCGUCCCCUGACCUGAUGGUUGGAUCCUGGUUGCUGUCUCACCAAACGGUUCUUUUGAUUGGCCCACGGCAUGAUAUAUGAAUUAUGAAUGCUAUCUGCUUUUGACAUACGUAGGUAAUAUACGUAGUAAGACACUGUGUUGCUCAAAGCUAAGAUUUUCAUGUCCAAAAUGUGUCCUUUCAUUGGUCUGCAUGCCGUCACCCCGGCCUUACACACUUGGACUCACACGAUCCUGAUGUGGAUCAGCCAGUUCUUAUGGUGAGGAUCCGUACACCAUGAAUACAUCCAUACAUCUCUUAGGUUGUGCUCGGGCCUCGUCCGAAGGUCCACCACAUUCGGGUGCUCUCGAUCCGUGCCCAAGUUCGCUACGCUUCCCGUUCUUUGGAGUAGGCGGGCCGCCAUAAAGUAGACAUUCACACGCUCGCCAUAGCUGACUGGAUUGCAAUCGCUCCUCCGCAGUAACUUUUCAUAAACGCUCAUCAUAGAAAACGUCUCAUCCCAAAAGCUUCACACAGCCUGAUGAAGCCGGCAGUCUUCGGAAUAAAGAAUAGCCCAGAUGAGAUCUUAGGCCCCAAAACUGGACUCCUAGAAAUCCUGUCCAUGAAUCGAACAGAAUGAACAGAAUCGCUGACAUUCCAAACACACCAAAAUGUAUUUAUUUGAGGAAAACAAAGCCAUUUUGAUCGCGCAGGGCCUCACAGCUAGGAGACCCGAGUUCAAUUCCACCCUCGGCCAUCUCUGUGUGGAGUUUGCAUGUUCUCCCCGUGCAUGCGUGGGUUUUCUCCGGGUACUCCGGUUUCCUCCCACAUUCCAAAAACAUGCUAGGUUAAUUGGCGACCAAAUUGUCCAUAGGUAUGAAUGUGAGUGUGAAUGGUUGUUUGUCUAUAUGUGCCCUGUGAUUGGCUGGCCACCAGUCCAGGGUGUACCCCGCCUCUCGUUCGAAGACAGCUGGGAUAGGCUCCAGCACCCCCGCGACCCUCGUGAGGAUAAGCGGUAGAAAAUGAAUGAAUGAAUUAUUUCAUUUAAACGCCAUUUUGUGCGUUUAUGCUCCAUGGAUUUGAUCAACAUGGGCAAAACUCACCAACCUAUCAAGUAGCUCAUAAUAAAAUAUUUUUUUUAGUACACACCCAUCCCAAAUGUAACUGUGGAGGAGCGAUGGCAUUUCUGUGGCGUGUUGGUCGACAUGGAGUGAAAGUGAAAAAGAAAUUGUUGCCUUCUCCUCCGUUGUGCUUCUUGCCAGCCUGGUCAUACCGUGUACUGGAUAUCUCCCAGUAAGCCAAACCCCGAAAUUCCAGCAGAGACUGGAUCCGAGCCCUUUUAGCAUUAAAACUGCAAUAUUCAUACAUACAACAAGUAUUUCUCUUGGUGGUACUUUGAUUGUCCACAUGACACAUGCAAUGAUAGCAACACUUUUCCAACCUAAGAAAUGUUCAAAUGUACAGUAUGGGCUUGAACUCAUCACGUGUUCCCUACACAGUGAUGCCUCGUCAGUGAAUUUCCGACAAUUAGGAGUCCUUAUUUAUAAAUGGAAUAUUUUUGUAGUGAGACAUAAGACCUAACCAUUAAAUAACACCCUGGAGUCACUUUUACACUCCUAGUAGCCAACAUAGGAGCCAUCAUAAGACAUCGUCAUCCAUUACAGACACGUAAUGCGACCAGCAUAGAAUACUACAUAUCACGCCUUUGAAUGCGUCGUCUGAAUGCCUUAUAUUUCUCUUCACUUCAUCUAGCCAGUUCAUUCAUUUGGCAAAAAUAUGCCGUCUAAUAGGAUUAAUAAUACGCCGUAACCAACAAUGAAAGUGUGAUUUAUUCAUUCAUAUCUCGCCGGCAUGCAGUGAAGCCAAGGAAUUGGAAAGGAUUAGUGUACUUCGCGGGCAGAUGAAAAAUCGAGCUGUGGGUGGAAGACGUACGCCCUCGGCUUGCAUCCCCGUGUGGGUUGUGCGAAUGCGGCCUCCUCCAUCGUAUGGACGGGAUCGGCAUGGAGGCCUUCGCCACUUAUCAAGUAGUUAAUGCUCACGUGUGGCUGGAACGGAUUCAUGACGUCUGUGUGUGUGUGUGUGUGUGUGUGUGUGUGUGUGUGUGUGUGUGUGUGUGUGCGUGUGUGUGCGUGUGUGUGCUACAUUGCUGCUAUUAUUGGUGUUGCUGCUACCACUGAUUUGAUUGCUACUUGCUGCUUCCUGGUGCACAUUUCUUUCUGAUCUUUCCCCCCGCUUUUCUUCUGUUCGCUCAGUUAGCGUGUCUAGCUUCUACCAGGACUUUUGCAUGUUACAAUUAUAUGUUGUUUUUUUUCUUUAUUUUUUUUUAAAGGUGCCUCGUUUUCACAUUUGAGCAGAUGACAGAGGAGAAUUGUGGGCAAUUGCGGUUUAUAGCCUGAAGGGGGCAGUGUGACAUGUCAGUUCUUGUCCAAGAGAGUCUGUACUCAACUCCUUCCCACAAAUCAGACCACAGGCCAGUGUGUGUGUGUGUGUGUGUGUGUGUGUGUGUGUGUAGGUGUGUGUGUGGAGCAGACGUAGGAACCCACUUGCACUCAAAAGCUCCCACUUUCGUUGUGCCUCACUUCCAACGGUGCUUUUCUGUUUGUUUGUACGGUGCUGUAUAUAACUUGAAUAUAGAUUAUGCACAUAUCCUACCCAAUGGGUAGAAAUGUUGUGAAUAAUGUAAUAUAUCAUGUACAGACAUUAUAAGACUUCAAGAAGGCCGACCACUUUCAAAUGUGUGUGUUUUGUUUGGUUUUGUUCAGAAUUUGCUCACAAUAUUUUGCUUAUUAUAGGGUGUCCCACAAGUCUGGACAUAAAGCAUACGCUGAAUUUUAUUCAUCAGGAAUUAAUAUUUCAUUCAAAAUAAUUCAAAGUAAAUUAAAAUGAUGCUCAUUUUUGGGCCCUAUGUAUUGAGUUGUGUUGGAGUUGAGGUUCUAGAGCAGCUACCCACAUGCUUGGUGUUCUUCUUGCUGGACCGUAGAGAUCCUGCAACGAGGCCACUGACCACAUCGCCAAGCAGAAAUAUUCUCCAGACAACAACGUCACUUUAGACAUUUCAAAUGAUAUCAAAAAUCCUCAGAUUUGGCAACAGAGAUCACAGGAAGAUCUGACAAGCUUGGUCCCAUCAGGGAUGUUUGGUAGAAAUGGGUGCAGCUCCUUCUGCUGACGUUCAAACUAGGCUAAUGAUGACAAUGGAGGAACAUCUUGUCCUUUUCCAAGGAAAAUGCCUGUUCUCCUUUUUGAUUUCACUUUAUACUAAGUACUUUAUACUUUAUACUGCUGAAAACAAUCACUUUUUCUACCUUUUCUUGACAUGAAUAUAUAUGGGUCAAAAUUCACCCCAACACCAUAGAUGUUUCUUUAGUGAUUAAAAGUGAUUAAAAUGAGAAAAUAAAUCAAACUAAUUGAUUUAAGAGAUAUGUUCUAUAGCCCUCAGUAAUAGCCAGGUAACAAAAGAACCUUCAAUUUAUGAAUAUGAUUCUUUUGAGGUUCAUUUGACCAUUUUUGGAAAUAGAAAUGGAGGGGUAUAGUGACAAAAAAAGGCCUACAUGCCCACACCAAAAGUAUUAAAAGCAACAUUUUCAUGGAUGAGGAAGCCUAAGAAGGUAACCAAGACAUGAGAAGCAAAUUUGAUGGUAACUUAUUGUUUUUAGUGUAUUUUAUAGCUGAUUUAACCUUCCUCUUGUGUUAGCUUUCUGGUAUCAUCUCUUAUGUUAACGGGUGGGUUUUGACCCAUGUAUUAAAUCAGCUAUAAAAUACACUAAAAACAAUAAGUUACCAUCAAAUUUGCUUCUCAAGGCCUGUUUUAACUUCUCACUCAGACCUCUAUGACGCCACACCAGCUGUUCGGAGCAUGUGCCCCAAUACAGUGCACCUUGCUGGGCCACAUCCCCCUCUAUAGUCUGCUUCUCCUGAUAGUCGUGAUGUACGUACUAUAGUCAUUUUUUUUUAGGAUAAUUUAUCAAAUCAUUCAUCAAAUUUGCUCCAGUCUUCACCUCUAGGUGUGGACAAACUACACUUAAAUCUAAAUUUUUAAAAAGUAAAUAUAAAAUUUAGCGCUACCAUGUGGCUUUUCAGAAGCAGAAAGUUCCUGAAUGGGUUUGAAAAAAAAAACAUGCAUCUCUAAUUUAUAAUUUAUAAUAAAGUAACACAACACAAUAAAUUCAAUUGUGAAAAAAAACAUCUUAAUGUAUUUAUUUAUUCAUAUUGCGUAUAAAAUUUGGCUUUUUACAUUUUCCCCCCUGCCAGUCCAGACUUAUCGGGACACCCUGCACAGCGAUGUGUAAGUGGUAAGGAUGGCGCUCUGAUUCCAAACCACUUUUCCAACAUCUUUUGCAUUUAAUAAAGCCACAAAAAUGAUUUUUAAAGGAAGCAUUUCUCACAAGGCAGCCUCACCACAAGACGGGGGUGUCCAGGGUGCCAUCUGUCACCCGUCAAUAAACGCUAAACACUUCACACAAAUGACGUGUUUUCACUCAGAAUGAUGACGUAUUUUAAAAGUCAACACAAUUUUUUUGGAGACAAAACGAUUUUCACUGCGAUUGGCUGGCCGCCAAUCCAGGGUGGAUCCCACCUCUCGCCCCCGCCACCCUAAUGAAGAUAAACAGCAUAGAAAAUGGAAUGAUGGAUGGAUGGACAAAUGAUUAUGUCAUUCAUAUUUUAUUCAAAGUUUUCUAUUUUAAAUGUCAAAAUUUAAGUCGUAUCCUGCCAUUUUUUUGUAUAUAUGAUUAAUUUUAUUGAAAUUUCUCUUGAAUAUAAAAUAUAAAUCCAGAUGAUUAACAUUCUUCUAACUUUCCAAUGCAGUAAUCCCCCGUUCAUGGCGGUUCAUUGGAUUCCUUAUUUACAAAUGGGAUCUUGUUUUGGACCAUCGAAAACCUGCCUACAACCUUCUACAUUAGAGCUCUGUAGACUUCAAAUAGCACCCCUAUAGUCACAUUUACACUCCUACGACCCAAUAUACUUGAAGACAUAAGACAUAAUAUGGACUCACACAACUUAGCAUUAGGAGAGCUUACUUCCUGUUUCUGUACAGUACUUCCUGCAGUGGCUAUUGUCUCAUUCAUGUAACAUGACUGACAACUCGUGUGGAAUACUACAUUGUACACUACACUGGUAUUUUACUUUAUAUGCCUGAAAAUGAUUCAUUUAGGCAAAAAAUAUGUCAAUAUGUAUUUAUAUUCAAUCAUAAAACUGCAUGGUUUUUGAAAAAACGUAAUCAGAGCAAAGCGGCGAGGGAUUACUGUAUUUUUUUUUUUGCGCUGCGCUAAUCAUCCAUGGAAGUGUUCUGAUUUUGCACAUUUUUGAUGUGUGUGUGGGUUUUUUAAAAUAAACUGUGGACCCACAAAAAAAAAAAAACGAGCCAAAAUGGCCCUCAGGCCGGUCUUUGGACACCCCUGGUCUAAGCGGAAUGCCAGCCAAGGAAAAAGGAGUCAUUCUCUUAAUGGGUUUGUGUGUGAAAAUCAAUGUCCACCUUUCCUUCCUGUUUGGUUUAUUUUCCACAUCGUGGUGUCAAAGUGUCACGUUAUCUUUGAGGUCCUUCACAGACAGCAUUUCCUCUUCAAAGCACCGAAUAAAUGGCAGUUUGUCUACUUUUACGUUCUACCCACUUCUGUUGGCUCUCCUUGUUCUUUGAAACGCUGCAAUCUUUGUUUCUUUCAUGCAUAUUUCUCUUUGUACAUUGUACGUUUAUGGGAAAAGGUUCUGAAAUUUCUGAGGAUAAAAAGUGAAUUUACAAGAAUGAAGUUGGAAAUUCACAAUAAUCGUCAUACAUUUACAAGAAUAAAGUCGGACAUUUAUGAAAAAAGUUCACAAUAGUCAUACAUUUAAUUUAAUACAUUUACUAGAAUAAAGUUGGAACUUUACAAGAAGCAAGUCCUAAAUUUUUCCCCACUGUCGGGACAAAAACACACACACACACCCGUGGGUAACUGAAAUAUUUCAGUAUUGAACAAAGCAAAAUUUGUUCUCAAUCAUAAAUCACUCCACACUCUUUAUUGCUCUCUGGUUCUACCAUAUCUUACUUAUUGUGUGGAAAUAUGGGAUAAUAACUAUAAAAGCAAUCUUCACUGGCUAAAUGUACUGCAAAAAAGGUCAGUAAGGAUAAUUCAUAAUGCCGCCUACAGAGAACAUACUAACUCCUUAUUUCUAAAAUCACAAAUACUUCAACUUGCUGAUAUAGUUCAUCUUCAAACAGCUAAAAUAAUGCAUAAGGCUAAAAAUAACCAAUUAGCUAAAAAUGUCAUCCAAUACUUCUCUACAAGAGAGGAGAAAUAUGAUCUCAGGGAAGAAGUACAUUUGAAACACUUCUAUGCUAGGACUACGUUAUGCUAGCCAUAGCAUUUCAGUAUGUGGAAUCAAACUAUGGAAUGGAUUGAGUAAGGACCUCAAACAAUGCACAACGAUGAGCCAAUUCAAGAAACAAUACAAGCAGUUGAUGU